GCCGCGUCUGAAUUUCCCUCUUCAGUUCACUUCACGCACUGCGUGAGAAAGGCGAACAGCGGCGGAACUCCGGCGGCGACGGUGUGGGUGUGUUCGGCCGGUUGCUUGGCUCACUUGGGUGACGGGAGGCUGAUUUUUUGAGGAAUACAUCUUGAUUGUAAGUUGGCUGAGCGUAAUGGCUCACGAAUUGGAGCCUCUUGUUUGCUUUCUUUUUCUUGAACCUGAAAGCUUUACUUUUGAAUGUGCCAUUUGAACUCUGUUAAGUAAGGAAAAGGAUGUCAUCGCAGUUAGAGACUGUUGCUCGAAAAUUCAUUGGCAAGCUGUUGUGUAGUUGUGUGCUUGUGCUGCCUGUGGCAGAGUGAGGUCGAUCGUUGAUAUUGGCCAAGUGUUCGACAAAAUGUGAGAGGUUUUGAAUAGAAUAUGGAUAGUGAAGAAUGUAGUAGAAACUCACAAGAUGGGAUUUUUUCCCAAUGUUGACCUUAGGGGUAUGGUUGCUGGUGUGCCCAGUGCUGCAAGGCUUAGAUAACUUGUUUUCUUUAGAAAGACCCUUGAGGACUUGAAGGAAAUUGAAAAAGUUCAGCAAUGGAGGUUUACUACGAUUAUCCUCAGCAAAAAAGGUUUUGGAAGAGAGGAAUAGUUUAAAUCCUUGACAGUUCAGGAUUGUGGCAAUUAAGAGAAUGUUUCUUUUUAUUUUUUAAUUAAGCUUUAUUAUUGUUUGUAUCCUGGGAGGAGUAAUACAUAUGAUUCGGUUUUCUAGUGGUAGUAGGAUCCCAUUUCUUUGUUUGUAGCCUCUCCGUGAAAGAGAAGCAUUGAUAUUUAGACAUUGGAUUUUAUAGGAAUUCUCAACAGUUUGCAAUAGUUAUUAUUGAGUUUCUCUAAAGGGUCUAAACUCUGAGCUGUAGCGCCAUACCUGUCAAACCUUAUCUUGUCGACUGUUUUGAUAGUUCUUCGUCCAUCCUACAUGUCAAGUCCUAUAUCUUCUACUAUUUUUUCCAAAUUCCUGCAGAUUAAAGUAUUCCACAGCAACUAUAGACACAUCAGUUGUGGUCUACUGCAUGACAGGUUGAGGAACCUGAUGGUUGAUUCUCUCCAUCUUCUCUUGAUGGUCCGUUCAUGAAGUUUAAUCAAGGACAUUAAUAUUAGGUGACUAAGAAACUGAGGGUUUUGUUUGAAUUGUCAGAAAGUUGAGUUUGUGAGCCUGCAUGGUGUAAUUUGAUUGCAUUAAGAGUUAAGUCGUCAUCUGUGCUAUAAUCCUUGUGCAUAAAUUCGAUGUUAAUUGGAUAUGGAGUUUUGAACCUCGUUCCUUAGCUCACAUCUGAACUAAUGGAUCUUACAGGGAUACAAGUCAGAGGUAGCAGUAGCACUAACGGGAGAAAAGAGAAAGGCAAAAUGGGAACUUCUGUGCAGGUCACGCCACUUUGUGGAGUGUACAAUGAGAACCCACUAUCUUACUUGGUAUCCAUUGACAACUUCAAUUUCUUGGUUGAUUGUGGUUGGAAUGAUCACUUUGAUCCCUCCCUUCUUGAACCCCUCUCCAGGGUAGCUUCAAAGAUAGAUGCAGUUUUGUUGUCAUAUCCGGAUACACUUCACCUGGGUGCAUUGCCAUAUGCCAUGAAUCAUCUUGGACUCUCAGCUCCAAUUUACUCAACAGAACCAGUUUUUAGAUUAGGCUUGCUCACUAUGUAUGAUCAAUAUCUAUCGCGCAAGGCUGUUUCGGACUUUGAUCUGUUUACGCUCGAUGAUGUUGAUUCUGCUUUCCUUUCAAUUACCAGGCUUACCUAUUCACAGAAUCAUCACCUCUCUGGCAAGGGAGAAGGGAUUGUUAUUGCACCUCAUGUGGCUGGUCAUCUUCUCGGAGGUACUGUUUGGAAGAUAACAAAGGACGGAGAAGAUGUUAUCUAUGCUGUUGACUUCAACCAUCGUAAAGAACGGCAUCUGAAUGGAAUAGUUGCAGAGUCUUUUGUCCGUCCUGCUGUUCUAAUAACUGAAGCUUAUAAUGCUUUGAGUAAUCAACCUCCUAGACAAAAAAGAGACAGAGAAUUUUUAGAUGGAAUUGUGAGGACAUUAGAAGGAGGUGGAAAUGUAUUGCUACCUGUUGACACCGCUGGACGAGCUUUGGAACUUAUACUCAUUCUGGAAGAGUUCUGGGCACAGCGCAAUUUAGGAUAUGACAUAUUCUUUCUUACGUAUGUUGCAUCAAGCACUAUCGACUAUGUAAAGAGUUUCUUGGAGUGGAUGGGUGAUUCCAUCGCAAAAUCAUUUGAAACUUCGCGUAAUAAUGCUUUUCAGUUGAAGCGUGUGAAACUUCUAAUCAACAAGAUGGAUCUUGAUAAUGCUCCAAUUGGUCCAAAGGUCGUUCUGGCAUCAAUGGCAAGCUUGGAGGCAGGAUUUUCCCAUGAUAUAUUUGUUGAAUGGGCGUCUGAUGUCAGGAACUUAGUUCUUUUCACUGAAAGAGGCCAGUUUGGGACGUUGGCUCGAAUGCUCCAGGCAGAUCCACCUCCAAAGGCUGUAAAAGUCACAAUGUCAAAGAGGGUUCCCUUAGUUGGUGAUGAAUUAGUCGCUUAUGAAGAAGAACAGAAGAGACUGAAAAAGGAAGAGGAGCUGAAAGCUAGCCUCUUAAAACAAGAGGAAUCAAGAGCUUCUCAUGGGCCGGAUAAUACUAAUGAUCCAAUGGUCAUUGAUACAACCAAUUCACAUGCUCCUCCAGAUGUGGCUGGUUCUCGUGGAGGUGGAUAUCGGGACAUACUGAUUGAUGGAUUCGUUCCACCAUCCACCAGUGUGGCGCCAAUGUUCCCAUUCUACGAAAAUAACACGGAAUGGGAUGAUUUUGGUGAAGUAGUUAAUCCUGAUGAUUAUGUAAUAAAAGAGGAAGACAUGAACCAAACAGCUUUACAUGUUGGUGGAGACAUUGAUGGGAAGCUUGAUGAAGCUGCUGCUAGUUUUAUUCUUGAUACAAAGCCUUCAAAAGUUGUGUCGAAUGAAUUGACGGUUCAAGUGAAGUGUUCACUAAUAUAUAUGGACUUCGAAGGACGGUCUGAUGGACGCUCAAUUAAAUCAAUCAUUGCUCGUGUGGCUCCUCUGAAACUUGUGUUGGUGCAUGGAUCAGCUGAGGCCACCGAGCAUCUGAAGCAGCACUGCUUAAACCAUGUUUGUGCUCAUGUUUAUGCUCCACAAAUUGAAGAGACAGUUGAUGUAACCUCAGAUCUGUGUGCUUAUAAGGUGCAACUCUCAGAACAGCUUAUGAGUAAUGUUCUCUUCAAGAAGUUGGGAGAAUAUGAAGUAGCUUGGAUCGAUGCUGUAGCAGGGAAAACUGAGAAUCAUGACAUGCUCACCUUAUUACCUACCGUAUCCAAACCACCACCACCACACAAAUCAGUUCUUGUUGGUGAUCUCAAAAUGGCUGAUCUCAAGCAAUUCCUUGCUAGCAAGGGAGUUCAGGUGGAAUUUGCUGGUGGAGGGGCAUUGCGAUGUGGGGAAUAUGUCACCCUGCGCAAAGUUGGUGUUGCCAGCCAAAAGGGCGGUGGUUCCGGGAUACAGCAGAUUGUGAUAGAAGGUCCCUUAUGUGAGGAUUACUACAAGAUUCGAGAGUACCUGUAUUCACAGUUUUAUCUACUUUAGGUAGAUUUGGAUUGCGACUCCACCCUGCUAGUGUAUCAGUGUAGUGUAUCUCUAUGUAAUGCUUUCUGUUUCACUCCUUGAGAAUUUACUUUUCCCCCCAAUUGAGACAGUCUGCUCUAGUUUUCAUCAGAAAUACAAAAUGUAGCACAAUCAGAUCAUUUUAAGUGCAACUUGGAGCCAACUCUUUAAAAGGAGUAGAUUACCGGCUUCAAACCCCAAAACUCCACCCCUUUUGUUAUCUUUCGAACAACAACAUUAACAGAGACAGCAAAGCUGGGUUAAACCGAACCAGAAUGCAGUUUUACAGAACCGUAUUGAGAACAGGUGCUAUGAUAAUGGACAAGCCAACUUUUGUAACGUUUGCUUGGGGAACCAGGGCAAAUGCUACAUAUCUUCCAGUGUUCACUACAGAAGAAAUGUCUGUAAACAAAAGAUGGACUUGCCUGUCUAGUUGUUACUUGCUAUUACAUAAAAGUCUUCUCUUAUGUCACUAGGAAUGAAUCUAACAAGUCACACGUUUCGAUUUACUGGCAUCGAACAUUUACUCAUCCCGUUGAACAUACGAGUCAAGCACUCAUAGGAUGGAAUUGCUGGAUCUUAACCUUGGAGGUGAGGCUCCAUAAUUCCAGGCAUCUAACCAAGAUUCAUUCAUCUUCUCUUUCAGGUGGUAGGCCACAGGGCAGAAGCAUUUUCUGCGAGCAGACAGGAAAUGAGAUACAUUUAGUCAUUAGCCUUAGGCCGACCAUCAUAGUAGCUAGUAAAGAUUGGAGCAGGAGACAAAAGCUUCCACUAAUGAUGCAGCGUUAAACAAAACAACAAAUUGCUA